GGGAGCUAUGAACAAGUAGGAAGGGACUGAAAUCAUGCAGGGUAGUGGGCACGAGAGUGCAACGGUGACUGCGGGUGUUGACUGAAUCUCUGCUCUAGUGGAGCUGAAGCAGAUGGGAUGGGAGAGGGAGGCAGGGAUGAGGGCAAGAUUUCGUGUACCAAUUGAAUUUUGUGUAGUGAUGGCUUUUGCUUGGGUUACUUGCUGCAUUUGCAGAGGAAUCAUCCAGGAGCAGCAGCCAGAGGAGAAAUUGGCAGACAUGGACCUGAGCAGCCUGGCCAUCCUUCUAAGCAGAGAUUAACAGACCUCAACUUUCUACCUUCCACAUAACGGGGUUACCAAUAGAAAAGAAGUGGAGGGUCAGCGUCCACUUCCCUCAUGCGAUGGAAAGCGAGUGAGAGCGAUGAGAUAGCAAGCAUUACUGAUGCCAGAGGAAGUAUCCAGGAACCCCAGGCCGAGCAGAAACUGGCAGAAGUGGACCUGAUCAGCCUGAGCAUCCUUCUAAGCAGACAUGAACAGUCCUUUCCUUUUUGCCUCCCACUUAACUUGGUGUGGGCCCCCAGCGAGUACGAGACCAGCCCCGAGCAAGUCUUCUACUGCAUCGCCCACCUCACCCGCAGGCAGCAGGAUGUGCUGUGGGUGGUGGCUGUGACCUCGGCAGGACGCAGCAACAUCAGUGCAAAGGUCAUUGGGAAAGCCCAGACCAUCUCCUUCGGCGGCACCGUCACCAUUCCAUGGAUAAGGACGUGAGGCUGCCGUGCAGUGCAGUUGGGGAGCCGGCCCCUGUCAUGAAAUGGAC